CGGUGUUACGUCACAAUCCCGCGACUGAAGCUAAAGCGCACUUUUAGCACUUGUGUCACAUGUAAACAUUUCACAAUUCUCGGGUCCAAAUGGCACCGACAAAUUCGAAAACGAAGACAGGUUACGUUCCACGGAAAGAAGGAAACUGGAGGAAGCCACAAAAUGCCGGCGUCAGAAAGAAGAAAUGGAUUCCAGAAGACAAAGUAUUUCAAGGAAGCAUUCAAGAAGGUCAAGGUUUUGCUUUUGAUCGGAAAGAGAAAGUUAAGCAUAACUACAACAAGAUUUUGCGAAAGGAGAGAAAGAAACCAAACACGCAGACAUCCUCGUCAGCCAUGUACUACGAUCAGUACCCGGAGCACCUCAAGCAUUUGUACAUGGCCGAAGCGGAAAAGCUGAAAAACGAGAUAAGGACAAACAGAAUGAACCGGGUCAAAAUGAGAAACGCAAAGAGCCAGGAGAAACCAAACGAGGAAAGUAUGGAGGAGAAGGCUGGUUCUGACCCAGAAGGUACAGAUGCACCCAAGGCAGAAAGUACGAAGAAGUCAGCAUCGGUAGCAGAAAGUACGGAGAAGUCAACAUUGGUAGCAGAAAGUAUGGAGAAGGCAGCAUCGGUAGCAGAAAGUACGGAGAAGUCAGAAUCGGUACCAGAAAGUACGGAGAAGUCGGCAUCGGUAGCAGAAAGUACGAAGGAGUCGUCAUCGGUAGCAGAAAGUACGAAGGAGUCGGCAUCGGUAGCAGAAAGUACGGAGAAGUCAACAUCGGUAGCAGAAAGGCUGCCGCUAAGCAACCGUAUGAAGAAAAAGCUGGAGAAGAAGACUUCCUAUCAAAGAUCUCUGGAGGUGUGCCAGAGCAUCAGAGAUGAGCAGAGGAAAAAGAAAGAGGACUUCCUGAAGCGCAAGCAGCAGCGCGAGGAGGCCAUUCAAAAGUACAAAGAAAAAAAGAUGGAGACCUAUCAGAUGCUUUGCAAAAAGACCAAGAAGGGUCAGCCCAACCUCAAUAUUCAAAUGGACUACUUGCUUCAGAAGAUCCAGAAAAUCGCAGAAACGACUCCCAAAACAUGAACGUUUUGCUCCAGAAAGUGAUUGUUGUGGUACAUUGUUACCACUAGGUGGCAGUGUGAGAUAAAGUGACAACGUUCAUGUAUUAUUUUAUGCCGUCUGUAAUAAAUGUGAAAAUACUCCC